AUGAGUUCUGAUUUAGUGAACUCUGAUUUUGUUCCAGCCAAAGAGGAAUUUAGUGCUGCACCCCUCUGCCGAGCCAAACCCUCCCCCAGCUAUAUUCAUCUUCAGGCAAGUUCCCAAGCAGACACUUUCUCGAACAUCCAGACACCAAAGCUACCCUCAGUUAACCACAAGCCCAAGGAAUGCAUAGGACUCCUAGAAUGUAUGUAUGCCAACCUCCGGAUUCAGACCCAGCUUGCCCAACAACAGAUGGCCAUUCUGGAAAAUUUACAAGCGUCCAUGACACAACUGGUUCCUGGGAGAGAAAGCAAGACCUCUCUCCCAGCUGUGUCUCGUAAUCUGUUCUUAAAUCACCUGCCCCAUUUCAGUAAAUGA